UGGGGCACGGAAAAAACUGGUACAGAGGGGCCCCGGAAUGAGGGCUCCUUGUUGACACAGCCGGCUGCAAACAAGCCUGUCAAUUAUUAACGGAGCUAAGUCAGGCUACAGGAAACUGGAGCCCAGCAAGGAAAGAGGAGCCCCAGGGCAGGACAGUCACUGCUCAGAGGACUGAGCCGGAGCAGGUCCGGGUUCUGGGCACCAGGCGGUGAGCAGAGAGAAGGAGCACCUGUGGCCUGGGCAGCCCAGCCCACUGCCCAGCCCAAGAGGACUAUUCUCCAUGGAGCCAGGUCCAGAAGCCAGAGGCAGCAGCACUGUCCCUUCCUCGGACCCACGCCCCAGCCGCGAGCUCUCAGGCACAGGGGAUGCCGUGGGUGCUGCAGCAGAACCAGCGGAGGAGGGCAGUGUCCCCAGGGCUAGUGGGGAGAGCAGAGAGACGGCAGCAGAACUACCUCCGCUGCCCAACCUGGCAUCCUGGAACGAUGGCGCAGCCUCAUCCCACCUGAGUCCUCCGCAGCCCAAGCCUGCUGAGGAGAAUGGGCAGAUGCCCAAGUGUGCAGCAGGCAUCGGCUUCGUGGGAGAGCCUCCACCCUAUACCCCGCCGGAUCCCAAGGCUGUCCAUAUGCUCUACCCUCCAUUCCCGUCUGGCUUCUCUGGGCAAAUGCCUAUUCUGUAUCAGCCAGGACCUUCACCACAGCCUCUCUACCCACCAGCACCAUCAGCCACACCUUUGUAUCCAUCAGGACCCUCUCCAACACCCCUCUACCCACCGGCGUCUUCACCCGCAUCUCUGUACCCAUCACCAAACCUGUCUUCUGGAGCUUUCCCCUAUACCAUUUAUAACAGCCCCAUGAACAAUAUGUCAGCUGCCAUGGACCGGAGGCCCCUGCCUAAGGAUUACAUGGUAGAGUCUGUGUUGGUAACCCUCUUCUGCUGCCUGAUCACCGGGCUCAUCGCCAUUGUCUACUCUCAUGAGACCCGUGCAGCUCUGAGCCGGGGAGACCUGGCUCACGCAGAACAGGCCUCCAAGAAAGCUCGCUCCCUGGUGCUCUUCAGUUUGCUCUUUGGGGUCUUUGUGUCCACCAGCUGGGUCAUCUACGUCAUAGUGGCCCUUUACAUUCCCUGAGGGACCUUUCCUGGGACUUCUCCUCCUGAUGCCCAGGGCAACGCCUGGCUGCUGCUGCUGCUGCUGCCGCCCAGGACAUAGAAGAGGAAAGCACCCAGCGUAUCCAAGCUGCUCUCAUUCUGUGGACUCUUCCCUCCUCUCCUGCCUGCCCUCCAGGGAGAGAGCAGGGUCUGCAGUGCUGCUCCUCAACUGCCCACCUGCUGCCACUCUGCCCCUGGGACUCGCCAGCCCUUCUACUGGAACUCACUGUGGCACCAUUUGGCACUAUCCUCUGGCCCAGGAUGCCAUCUGAGAUGUUGGGGGCAUUAGCCCGGGUCCUCCAUGAGCUGUGAUGAAACUCCCCACCCAGGGCCAAUCUCUGCUUUUCUAUUGGCCUUCCCAGCCCAGCUCUGAAGAUGAGAGAGAGAGAAGAAGGAGAAGGAGAAGGAGAAGGAGAAGGAGAAGGAGAAGGAGAAGAAGAAA